GUGUCAAAUUGGUCGACAUAAGCGAAAAAAACACAGCAGGGAAAACAACAAAUUAUACAAAAUGUUACAAAACUUACCUUACGUAUUAUUCCUGUAACCAUUCCGUAGUUUUUAGCUUAAUUAUUCCGUAAGCAGUAUUUGUAAGUGUUAAGCCCAGUGCAAACGGGUUCGUAGGGGGUUUCCUUUUCUACUCCACAAAUCAGCUCCGCUAUUGCCGUGGAGAUUGGUGCGGCUUAACGAUGAUGUUCCGUUUGCGGGUCAAGAUUUUCUACGUGUACAUCAUCAUUUCGUUCGUGUUUAGUGUGUAUUUGUUUUUAUUUGAUUUCGAAAUAUUCGUUCGAAAGUUUAUCAACUAUCACCGACAUGUGAGGAGCAAUAAAUUCCCGGACCGUCCUCGGAUACCGCAGAUUGUGGGGCACUAUGUGGGUGUCGGUACGACCGGCAACCUGUCGAAAGAUUUCAUGAAACACAAACAACUUCGAUCGGUGCCGGGUGUCGGUGAGAACGGCGAUCCGGUCGUCAUACAGGCGAAGGAUCUGCUCAGGAUGCAACAGUUGUUUCAGAUCAACCGGUACAAUCUGCUCGCUAGCGACCGGAUCGCACUGAACCGUAGUUUACCGGAUGUGCGGAAACCGAAAUGCGUAUCGAAGCAAUAUCCCGCCAAACUGCCAACCACUUCGAUUAUAAUCGUUUUCCACAAUGAAGCGUGGUCGGUGUUGUUGCGGACGGUGUGGAGCGUUAUCAAUCGAUCACCGAAAGGGCUCGUGAGAGAGAUUCUGCUGGUGGAUGAUGCUAGCGAUCGACGGUUCCUCAAGCACGAGCUCGAUAACUACGUCCAGAAGCUUCCAAUAUCCGUUACCAUUUUGAGGUUAAAUCAGCGCGAAGGACUCGUGGCGGCAAGACUGCUGGGAGCAAGGAUGGCAACCGGCGACACGCUUACCUUCCUCGAUGCUCACUGUGAGUGUUCACCGGGAUGGCUCGAACCACUUCUAGCCCGGGUCCAAGAAAACCCCAAAAAAGUCGUCUGCCCCGUGAUCGACAUCAUUUCGGACGAUAAUUUUUCGUACAUUAAAAGCUUUGAGUUUCAUUGGGGUGCGUUUAACUGGCCGCUGCACUUCCGGUGGUACGCGUUGAGCGAUGAGGAGCUGGCGGAACGUCGGAAGGAUACGACCACACCGUUCCAUACGCCGGCUAUGGCAGGAGGGUUGUUCACGAUCGACCGGAAAUACUUUUUCGAUAUUGGGGCGUACGAUGAGCGGUUGAAGAUAUGGGGUGGCGAUAAUCUGGAGAUGUCUUUCCGGGUGUGGCAGUGUGGUGGGGAGGUGGAGAUUGCACCCUGCUCGCACGUUGGUCAUCUGUUCCGGAAGAGCUCACCAUAUACGUUUCCUGGUGGCGUUAGUGGGAUUCUCAACGAAAACCUGGCCCGUGUCGCUCUCGUUUGGAUGGAUGAUUGGGCCAAGUUUUUCUUCAAGUUCAACAAGGGUACCGAAGAGUUCAAAAGCUUGAACGUUUCCAAUCGAUUGGCACUGAAGCGCACCCUAAACUGCAAAUCGUUCGACUGGUACCUGAGGCGCGUCUGGCCCCAAAACUUCUUCCCGGCGCCGAACAAAUUUUUCGGCCGCAUACAACCGAUCGACCUCACGUCAACGUUCGACUACCAGGAGUACCUCACGCUGAUGAAGAAGAUAAAUCUCAUCAUAAAAAAUCUUAACCCGGAGCUCAAGUGGAAGUUUCUCAUCAAAUACCUCACGGAAAAUGUGAAACGGAUCGGCGACUCGAUGAAGGCGGCCAAACACAGCCCAUUCUGUCUGCACAAGCCAAAAACGAACACGGCCAUUAAUCAACCGUACGGUCAGGCGUAUCUGCAAAAGUGUUCGCUGCUGAUCAACGUGCUGGAUGAGCAGUUCGUGAUCGACGACUAUGGGCGCAUCAUGACGGACGAAGGGAUUUGCCUGGAUUCGUUCCGCAAGACCAGUAUCGAUGGGGAGGAAAUUGUGGAAGGUACGAGAAAGAUAAAGAUGGUAACGUGCGGAAGUCAGAAGCCGAAUCAACGGUGGGUGUACGAGACGGAUACGUACCAUCUGAAGAACAUUGGGGACGCUUCGGAAUGUCUCGAGCGGAGCGUUACGAUGAUAAAGGAUGAUGGCGAAGAUAAGUACGAACUGUUUCUGGGUCCGUGCGAUGUGCGGAACGAGCUGCAGAAGUGGAUGCUGUUUCCGGUGGCGUGGAAGUAAGGUAAGCGUCCGGAGCUUCCGCAAUACUAGUCCGAGUUAGUAAACCCCGCUCAGGAUAUCUGCACAAUCUCUCUUUCUCUCUCUGUCUCUCUUCCUAUCUCAAUCUUUCCCUAAAUCAUCCGUGUGUAGUUUACUACGAGGAACAAAGGCAAACAAAAAGGAUUUCAACCAAUAUCAAUUAGUUUCUCUCACAUACCAGUCCUGUUCUCCACUAGUUAACAAGAGCAAUUUAAACGUUAGUGUGUAAUGUUAAGUAAUCUCGCAGCUCUGUACCGAACCGGGCCCAAACUAAACCAACGUCGUAGUCUGCAUGUUGUGUGUGGCAAAUCUUUAAACACAAAAUACUCAGUUUGAGAGGGCGUGAAUGUGAAGAAAAAAACGUAUUUCAUUACAGUAAGAUAAACCGUGUAGCUUAAUGGGCUUUAGCGGUACCGUACCGUACCCAGGGAAUAAGGAUAAUGUGGUCGUAUAAGUAUAUUAGGUGUAUCUAUCGGUGUAUGUGUGCGAGACGCUCUUUUGUUUCUAUUUGUACUUUUGUAAUGGAGUUUUUCCCCCCUUUUUUCUCUCGCUCCACUUGACAAGACUUAUUAGCAGUGUUAGGAUUUUCGUUUACCACAUUAAUUGUACUUCCUUUUCAACCCCAUUUUCUUGUUAGGAUUAUAUAAUUUGAAACUGUGAUAUUGUGAGUAGAGCCAAGCGGGGGAGGUUUUUUGGACCACUCACCCGAUAACAAAUAACACAAGCAAACUCAACGCUCAAAUAUAAAUGCAUAAUUUCUAAUACAAACCUUU